AUGAUCACCUCUCCUACCGAUAUCGCUGAUACGACUACCCCUUCGGUUAGAAACACAGGCACGACCACUCCUACUAACACUGCCGACAAGAUGGCCCCUUCUGCUACAAACACAGGCACGACCACCUCUCCUACCAAUACCGCCUAUAUAACGACCCCUGUAGCUAGAAACACAGGCACGACCACCCCUCCUACUAACGCGGGCGAUACAAUGACCCCUGCAUCUAGAAAUACAGGUACGACCACGUCUAAUUCCAACACCGCCGACACGACGACCCCUUCGGUUAGAAACACAGGCACGACCACCUCUCCUACCAACACCGCCGACACGACGACCCCUGUAUCUAGAAAUUCAGGUACGACCACCCUUCCUACUAACACGGGCACCACGACGACCCCUUCGGUUAGAAAAACAGAUGCGACCACUACUCCUAUUAACACCACCGACACGACGACCUUUUCGGCUAGAAACACAGGCACGACCACAGGUACGACCAAUUCUUCUAACAUGGCUGACACGACCAACACAUCGGCUAGAAACACAGACACGACUACCUCUACUACCAACACCGCCGACUCGACGACCUCUUCGGCUGACAUACAGCAAGAAACACAGGCACGACCACCUCUUCUACUAACACGGGCGACACGACACGUGCCUGUAGCUAGAAACACAGGCACGACCAUGUCCCCUACCAACCACAGACAGUACGACCCCUGUAGUGAGAAGCAUAGAAACACAGGCACGACCACCUCUCCUACCAACACCGCCGACACGACGACCCCUGUGGCUACAAACACAGGCACGACCACUUCUCCUACAAACACCGCUGACACGAUGACCUCUGUAGCUAGAAACACAGGUACGACCACCUUGCCUACCAACACCGCCGACACGACGACCCCUUCGGCUAGAAACACAGGUACGACCAUAUCUCCUAACACGGGUGACAUGACGACCCCUGUAGCUAGAAACAUAGGCACAAACACAUCUACUAACACGUGCGACACGACGACCCCUUUAGCUAGAAACACAGAUACGACCACCUCUUCUAUUAACACCGCCGACACCACGACCCCAGUAGCUAGAAACAUAAGCACGACCACCUAUCCCACUAACACCACAGACACGACGACCCUUAUAACCACAACCAGAACUACUAAUAAGACUUCUAGCGCUACAUAUGUUGGGGCUAUAGUUCUAGACACAACCCUGUCUGCUACUACGAUGGCUGACAAGAAAGCUACCUUUCCAUCACAGCCGCUACUCCUUCUGUCAAUACAUUUGCUGUGGCUAUAA